GUGAAGAAAAAUGGCCAUUCUGGAAAGAUCAAGUUUGUGAUAUCUGUUACAGCCCCCAUCAUUCAUGUUUUCGCUGUCCCAAAAAGAACGAUGCCAUACACAGUAUCUGUAAUACUUGCGGACAUCUGCAUAAAAAGCAAAUAUGUCCUUUCAGAAAUGCUCCCGAUCCUGAGCAAUAUACACAAGAAAAGUAUGAGGCGUACAUGGAAAGAGACCUUCAAAAGAAUUAGCCGCAGCCAGUCCUAUCGAAUUGACAUACCGGUCGUUCACAAAAAGUCCACACGAUGAUUAACGCUGUACCACAAGCGCAACCACAAUUCCAAGUCCAAGCUCGUUCACCCAGCUCAGCUCAAUACAACUGGGCGCGAAAUUCGUUGCCCCAGCAAAUACAGAAAAGGAAAUUGAAGCAGAUAAAUGGGCCAGUGGUUUCCAAAAAUUGGUAUAUCGUAAGGCAACAUCUACCAAUGUUCAACAUGUGGCCGUUCAAGCCAACUACUUCGAAGUCAAUUUCGCUUCAAGCCUAGAUCUUCGAAGUUAUCGAACUCAACUCGAUCAAAUCAAUUCAAAGGACAUUGUCAAACGUGGACUCCGUCGUGCUCUUAUCAAAGCCCUACUAGAACAGCAUUCCCCUUCAGGAAUCUGGGUUUCGGACUAUUGAAUAUAUUGUUUCUGUCGGAAAACUUUACCCGGUUUGUUCUCAUUCAGUGGCACAGUCACUAAUGUGCUUCAUCAUCGUCCUGGUCAGAAUGGAACUUGGGUCGCGAUGCAAAGCUCCAUCAUCUACGAAGGCUCUUUUCAACGAGAAGCCUUGCAGGCUCAUGUCGCUUCGAACACUUCGUUAUUCGUACCAGACUCUGAACUGAGGAUGAUGAACAUCAUCAUGGUUCAACAUCAAUGGUUACAAUGCGCAGAAUGUGGCAUUUUUUGACGGAUCCGUGUCGGGGAGAGGUUAUAUCCUGCUGAUAGGGGUUUUAUAACCUCCCGGCAGGUUCCAGCGACGGGCGAACCAACAUUUUUUACUAGAACUGGUUUUUUCACAUCGAUGUGGCCUGCUGUCGGGUCGGUGCUUUUGAAAGUUAACACCUCAAUCUCCGUAUUUUUCCCUGGCUGUAUACUGCAUGAUUGAAUCAUUAGGCGUUGGCGGACUAAGAUUCCGCCGAAUGUUGACCAUGACGAUCUCAUUGACUUGCGGGUGACCUUCAAUGGCGUAAAUCCUAAGAUCAGAGUCAUCCGCGGUGUUGGUGCGCGAGAUGCCGGGCUUACCACUUUCAUGCCAACGGACGCCAAAGGAGUCUCGGGUAUGAGUACGAGUGUUUAUAACUAUAUGAGUAACAGUAAGUUCUUCCCUCCACUUGUCUAAAUAACAUAUUUCUGAAGGCUUCUGUUGCUGACUUAUGUAGAAUACCCAAUCUUGCGUUUCGACCCUCAAUCAUGCUGUUUGAAUUUGGGGGCAGUCGGCGACCAAUCUGUUUGAUCCUUCCGGGGCAAAUUUUCAAGAAGUUACUUCCGGAUGAAUUAGAAAGCGAAAUGCGAAAGAUGGCUGAGUAUAAACCUGAAGAGAACAAGAGAUUAAUCUUACAAGGGGGGUUGGCUUCUCUGGGAAUUCCAGCUAACACAAAUUUCUUUUCGGUGAGUAAUAAGUUGCUGCCAAAAAUUAAUGAAUAAAGAAAUUCGGCUUUAGUGUUCAACAUCAAUUCUUAGAGGCUAUCCCCAGAUAUCUUCAUCAACCUACACUCGCAUUCAAAGAUGCAGACUUAAACUUAUCCGGACAAUCAAAGAAUAAGUCUUCUUGUAUGCUUAAGAGUAAGGAUCGCAUCUUCAAGUUUGUAAUUACGGGGACCAAGAUUUCUAGACUCCAUAUUAUCCGGCUGGACCAUAAUCAUAAUGCUCCCGCAGAGAAAGUGGCAAAAUUUGCCAGAGACCUCAAAAGCAAAAUUGCAGGCUAUGGUAUCACCUUCGAAAAAUAUGCAACUAUUUCUGAUGCUGUCUUCUCGGAGAAUAGGGGACAAGUAAGUACUCACCUGACCGCAGCUUUAACAAAUUUGAUUAGGCGGAAUGAUAACAAGAGACCAAUCCUGCUUCUCAUAGUUUGUUUUGGGUUUUUUCUCUUUGGUUUCGCGUCUCUAGUUUCUGGCUCUUUGCCUUCGUUUAUUGUUCGGAUUCGAAUGUCGGGGGAGUGUUGUUGCUGUGUAGUUCAAGAGAUGAGCAGGGGUGUUGAUUUGCUUGGUUCUGAAUUUAGAUUUGAGCCUUUUUUGCAAAUUGCGGUUAGACUUGAUGGUAUUACUGUUGAUUCAUGA